AAACGGAGAUAAAUCUUAAAAUGUCAAAUCAAACUGUGAAAUUCCCACGUUUGAAACAUUCAAGCAUAGGCCUAAGGCCAGGUAGCCUUUUCCACUUCUUCAUAUGGAUGAUAAUCGAUACGCUGUUAAUGCUUCUAGUGACAGCGACUAUGGUUGUAAUGGUGAACACAAUUGCAGGACUUUCUGAUUGGAUUCAAGAGCACAGCUGGCUGACAGUUCUCCUUAUAUCACUUGGAGCAAUUCCGGUCCUCAUUCUCGCAUUACUCAAACUACUUGGAUACCGCCGCGAUAUUGAUCACUUUUUCAUAGUAUUCAGUUUCGCACUAUGUUCAAUGGGUUUUGCCGCCAGGUUGUAUAAUAUCGAUUUGGUUCCUGCUUUAGCAGCGCUUGGUUCAACAGUUGCAUUGACUGCAGUUGUGAUUCUUCUGGCUCUAUACUUCAGACAGUUAGAUUUUCGAAUUACCAUUACACUUUUCUCACUUUUAUAUGCUUCGGUCCUGACUGGACUUAUUUUGUUCAUUAUUGAAUUCACAUCAGAUGGAAAACAGGUAACAGUCAAACAAGUGAGCUGUAUCAUAUCUUAAUGAAUGCCUUACUUGCUUUAUGACGUUUCUAUGGAAUGUGGUUCUACCUUAGUGACAGCAAAUGAAUGUAACGAAAUAUCUCACAGAAAGUCAAGUAAUUCGAAAUUGACGAAUGCAGCACUGAUAUGCAUUAUCGUCCGAUUACUGUUUGUAAUCUGUUAGACGAUGAAACUACAUUUCUAUCCUAUAGUAUAACAGUUCACAUUACGUGACGAUAGUCACGCUAAUUACUGAGACAUGUUUGUGCCUAUUAUGGUCAUCGAUUACGGUUUUCUACCAGACAUCUCAUAAUGUACCGCAAAGUUAGCCUUACUGAAAUAUGUGAAACACACCAAAUUAUGGUUAUGAAUUGUUGUUUGAGCUGAAUUUCUUUGCAAAGUAGUUCAUGACCGAAUAAAUUUCAAUGCAUAUUUGUUGAGUGUAUUAGUCACAGCCAUGUUUUCAGGGUUAAUUCAUCAGACAUUUCUCAAAUCAGAGUGAAGACAAGAAAACCUUAGACUUUGAUCUGUUUAAUUUAACAAUUUAUUCCAUUUUACUUCCAUAUUUUCAGAAGGCACUGAAGAUU